AGGUUUUAAAGGUAUCGUUGUGAAUCGGGAAUAUUUCUGUUCUGAAUGGAGGUUUAUAAGACCUUCAUUAAGUCCUUUUCGAUCUUUGGGCUGUUCUAUUUCAGAGUUUUAGGUCGUAAUUAAAGUGUCAUUCUUUGUGGGUAGCCCUGUAGGAAAAAUUGAAAGAUCAAGCCCAAAUGUCCUGAAAUUUAAAAGAUGUCACGACAAAAACAUUUUUUGCUAAAAACAAAGUGAAUUACUAAAAAAAUUAUAGUAAAAACGAGAUUAAAGAUCUACAGAGUUAUAAUCUAAAUUCCAUAAAAAUUUUACUUAUCAAAAAUAUAAUACACAUUUAGGCUUUAAACCCCCCUGCCGCUAUAAGAGUUCAAUGAUACAAUUUUUUGUUUGUUAUCAUACUGGUAUUAACAACAUCCCCUAUUUUUCUAGAUAAAAUUUUUAUGUAAUUACAACCUUUCUCAAGCAUAUCAAUGUUAAUGUGUAAUAAAAUUAAACUAGAAGGGCAGAUGUUUUCUAAUCAAUAGUUCCAGAUUUCCCGCUAGUGGAGUUGGAACAGGACAAGAUCAGUUGCCGCACAACAUUAUGUUCGGGAAUAUGGGCGUAGACACGACAUUACAUCAAUCAAUGAAUCCACCAAUAUCUUGGGUUCCUAUGAUGAUUCUUCUUAUGAAUGCCAGACAAGGAAAAGGAGCAGAUAUUUCUGUUGAUCAAGAGGAAGAUAAUAUAUCAUUUCCGCUUGAACCAGAAAACUCAAUUUUUGAUCCUUCCAUUUCAUUUAACAAUUGUGAUCCUCACUACGAUAGAUGCGUGCCAGACAAGAACCUGGAUCCACAUCCCUGUAGCCGAACCUGCAAAGUUGGGGAGGCAAAAACCUGCUACUAUGAGUUUAUUGUUGAGUGGUAUUCAGUUCUUGGGAAAGCGUGCUUUGAGUGUCCUCUGAACAUCACCGAUUGUUACAGACCUCACUGUGUUGCUGGUGAUGGGGUAGAGAGAGGAGUUAUUACAGUUAAUAGACAGCUGCCUGGAACACCUAUAUCUGUAUGUUCUGGGGAUAAGGUUGUGGUAGAUGUUGUAAACAAACUCCCAGUAGAAACAACAACAAUGCACUGGCACGGACAGUAUAUGCAUGGAGAUAUUGAGGGGGAGGAAGAGAUUGGUUAUGUUGGAUUAGAAAACAAUAACAGAGUUUUGGGAUGGAUAGAUGGAUGGGGGAUGGGGGGAUGGAGACCAAAGAAUAAAAGACCCCUGCCUCGAAAUAUUAGAAGACGAAAUACAGUAUCAAGGAGGAUAAAAAAUCCAACCCCCUGGUCGGAUGGAGUACCGGGAGUCAAUCAGUGUCCUAUCCUACCUAGACAAACCUUCAGGUAUAAGUUUAUAGCAAACCCUGCUGGAACACAUUGGUAUCAUGCGCAUGCUGCGUUCCAGCGUGAGGAUGGAAACUACGGAAAACUUAUAGUUAGAGUACCAGAUGUAGAAAAUCUUCAUAGGAGUUUGUACGACGAGGAUCUGGACGAUCACGUGAUGAUCGUCCAGGACUGGGUUCACAAGACAGGGGUCGAUCAGUUUAUUCCUCAUCAUUGGGAUGAUGGAUCAAACAAGCCGGAGAGUUUUCUCAUAAAUGGAAAAGGACGAUUCAAGAAUUUUGGAAUAAAUGUCGUCCCCGGGCUCUUCACACCCGUUGAACAAUUCAGUGUUGAGCAAGGGAAAAAAUACAGAUUCAGAAUUAUUAACGCAGGUGUGAGCAUGUGUCCAGUUGAGAUGUCAAUAGAGGGUCACAAGAUGCUGGUUAUUGCAACGGACGGAAUGGAUAUAAAACCAGUUCUUGCAGACUCCCUUGUAUCACACAACGGUGAGAGAUAUGAUAUUGUGAUUGAUACAUCUGGAAACCAGAUCAAACCAUACAAAAUCAAAUUCGGAGGUCUGUUUGACUGUGGUGCUAAGGGUGUACAUGGUACAGCACUACUGGUGUACAAGGGUAGUUCAGAUAAACAGAUAAAGGAUGUUUUCAAGGAUGGAGAAACUAAAUACUCGGAGUAUAUAAACAUUAAAGGAGUACAAGUUAAUUCUUUAAAUGUGAAUUCUGGGGAAUUUGAAAACAAACUUACAGUCACAGAUCUUAGAUCGAUGACUAAAGUGCCAGGAAUGGAUGGGGAGGCAGAUAGAACAAUUUUUCUAGCAUAUUCAUUCUACGAUCUUAACAAUCCAGAUUUCCAUCAUCAGGGAUUUUUUAUUCACCACAAAUAUACGUGCUCCCCCUUCCAGGUUUUGUUUAGAUACUUUAAUGCAAAAAAAUUAGAAGAAAUAAAAUAUACCAGGACUCCCCAAAUCAACAAUAUAACAAUGAUGUCUCCUGUAUCUCCUAUGCUGACCCAAUACAAGGAUGUUUAUGCUGAUAUGGUUUGUAACUCUGACAAUCUAAAUCAAAAGAAGCAUUGCAAGGAGGGUUUCUGUCACUGCUACCAUGUUGAAAAAUUCAAAGUUGGAGAUAUCGUUGAUAUGUUUCUUAUUGACGAAGGUUUGCCAUGGGACGUUUCUCAUCCAUUCCAUCUUCAUGGUCUUCAUUUCCAGGUUCUGUCAAUGGAGAGGUUUGCUGCUGAACCAGAUCAUAUUUUUGGUUCAAGUCCUCCAGGAAACUCAAUAAGGAAAUUAUUCUUCAGCAAAUACUUUUUUAAUUUAAAAAAGAAAUAUUUGUGAUAAAAAUUAUUUAUA